GUCACUCAUUUCACUAAUUGCCCACCGCAUAAGAUGGCUCCAAUCAAGCAGACCAAGGACAAAUACUCUGUCCUCCUCCCCACAUACAACGAGCGCCGCAACCUGCCCAUAAUAGCAUGGCUGCUCAACAAGAUGUUCACGGAGAACAACCUGGACUGGGAGCUCAUCAUUGUUGACGACGGCUCACCAGACGGCACGCAAGAAGUCGCCGCGCAACUCCAAAAAGUCUACACACCGCAGCACAUCCAAAUCCGCGCGCGCGCCGGCAAGCUAGGCCUGGGAACUGCGUACGUCCACGGCCUGCAGUUCGCAACGGGCAACUUCGUCAUCAUCAUGGACGCCGACUUCAGCCACCACCCCAAAUUCAUCCCGCAGAUGAUCGCGCUGCAGAAGACCAAGGACUACGAUAUCGUCACCGGCACACGGUAUGCGGGCGACGGCGGUGUCUAUGGCUGGGACUUGAAGAGGAAGUUUGUGAGCCGUGGUGCGAAUCUGUUUGCGGAUACAGUGCUGAGGCCGGGUGUUAGUGAUUUGACGGGUAGCUUUAGGCUGUAUAAGAAGGAGGUGUUGCAGAAGGUUAUCAGGAGCACGGAGAGCAAGGGGUACACAUUCCAGAUGGAGAUGAUGGUGCGCGCGAAGGCUAUGGGCUGUACGGUUGCUGAGGUGCCUAUCUCGUUUGUUGACCGUCUGUACGGAGAGAGCAAGCUUGGUGGUGACGAGAUUGUCGAGUACGCCAAGGGUGUGCUGAACCUGUGGUUGAAGGUUUGAGCGAGCAAGAAUGCAUGGCGUCGGCGUUGGACGGUAGGGAACAUGGGCAUUAUUGGGAGCUCUCGGGCUUGCUGAUCAAUGAUAUCCACGGCAGGUAGGUAGAUGAUUACUUUGGCUUUGCGUACAUCUACUACUGCCGUUAACUAUAAUAACUCAC